AUGAUCCGUAACAGGAAACAAAGAGUCACUGAGAAAUAUGAUACGUACUAUAAUGCAGUUUUGACGGACGGAUUGGAUAUUCCAAUAACCGAUAGCGAGCUUGUCGAGAUUCUGAAAAGAGGUUUACGUCCUGAAGUUUGCAAAGAAUUAAUCCAUUUUGAUAAUACAAGUACACCUCGUUCGAGAAACUUCGUUCUAAAGCAUGAAUUUCUCGAAGAAGAAUUAAACAUGUAUAAAUUCUCUAAACCUAAUAUUCCUCAUGAUUCAGAAAUUGUGGAAAGCGAAGACAUUGAAGAGGGUGAGUUUGACGGAGAUGGUGUUAAAGAAUACUACCUAAUAACGUGUCGGAAUUGUUCACAACAUGGUCGUGAUUUUGAAGACUGCCUAACGGACAGACGGCAAUUAUGUAGUUUAAUCGAUUUAGAAGUGGAUCGCUUAGCGUUCACUCCUGAUGCAAAGUAUGAAAUUCAUGCGUUCUCUGACAGUUCAGAAAGCGCAUAUGGUACAUGUGUAUACAUCAGAUGUAUAAAUAACGAUACGAAAAUACGUUCAAAUUUGCUUUGUGCCAAAUCAAAGGUGGCACCUAUCAAGAAAUGUAGUUUGCCAAGACUAGAACUCUGCGCUGCUGUAACAAUGGUGCAACUCGUUAAGAAAGUUCAAGAAGACUACGAUUUCAUACAAUUUAACAACAUUUGCUUCUGGACCGACGCAACCAUAGUGUUGGGUUGGAUAUCAGAAGAUUCAUGUAAUUGGAGUACCUUUAUUGCUAAUAGGGUGGCAAUCAUUCAACAAGUUUCAACACGCUCGCAAUGGAGACAUAUUCCUUCCAAUUUAAACCCAGUUGAUAUAUUAUCUCGUGGUGUGUUACCAGCUGAAUUAAUGCAUUCAACAUUUUGGUUCCAUGGGCCAAAUUUUUUAACGUUAGCUUCGUCUAUUUGGCCACAAUUUCCAUACAAUUUAAAAUACGAUGAUAACAUAUUAGAAAGAAAACAUACAAAGAUGAUAUUAAUAACAACAAUUUCACAACAACAUGAUUUAAUCAUUAGUAUUAAAUUUCACAACGAUUAUGUACGUUUGCUUAACACAGUCGCUUACAUGCUGCGUUUUAUAUAUAAUUGUAAAUUUAAGGCUAAAAGAAAAUACGGUUCAUUGGAUGCUACAGAACUUGACUCAUCUCGUCUAAAAAUUAUCAAAUACAUACGAAUCAUUUCUUUUCAUGCUGAAAUUGCAGCUGUACAAAAGGGUGCUAAUCUUAAUGCCAAAAGUCAUAUACAGUUUUUAUCACCAUUUCUUGGUAAUACUGAAAGUGGGUGGCCGAUUAAGAAACUUGCGUACUAUCAUAAAAUUAAUCAUCAUGUUGGCCCACAAACAUUACUAAGCAUAAUUCGUCAAUCUUAUUGGCCAAUCCAUGGCAAGGUUAUGUGCCGAUCGAUAUGUCGAAGUUGUGUCUUAUGCUUUCGUACUAAUCCAACUAAGCAGAACCAUCUUAUGGGCGAUUUACCUGAUUUACAAGUUCAGCAAUCAAGACCGUUUAGUGUAAUAGGUGUCGAUUUUUGUGGUCCAUUUCAAAUAUAUUAUGGCAGACGUAAUAUUGCUUCUACAAAAGGCUAUAUAUCUGUCUUCAUAUGCUUUUGUACAAAGGCCAUACAUUUAGAGUUGGUAGAAGAUUUAUCUGCUCAAGCUUUCUUAGCUGCUUUAAGGCGUUUCAUUGGCGACGUGGCCUAUGCUCAGUGA